AUGACUUAUGUUACAAAAAUAGUUGGUUUCUCACCGGCUGACUUAGCUCCGCCACCUCCUCCAGCUGGUCCUCCUCCAACUCCGAAGUAUGCUGACUGGCCGGCAGCUCCACCACCUCCCAUCACUCCUUGUCCAACUCCGAAGUAUCCAGAUGUGGCUCCUCCGCCACCUACUCCCAUUGAUCCAGCUGGUGCUGGUGGAGCGGCCCCAAGAGCCGAAGCUCCUCCUCCUGGGGCAGCAACUCCGACGGCAGUCAUUGUGCUCGAUCCUCCUCCUGGGGCGACUCCGACAGCAGUCAUUGUCGAUGCUCCUUUUGGUGCACCUCCAACGGCUGUCAUGGUUGAGGCUCCAGUCGGGGCACCUCCAACAGCAGUCAUUGUCGAAGCUCCACCUCCCAUUGGGGCUCCUCCGACAGCGGUCAUAGUAGACGCUCCACGUGGGGCUCCACCAACGGCGGUCAUUGUCGAGGCUCCGGAUGGGGCUCCUCCAACAGCAGUCAUAGUGGAAGCUCCAGAUGGGGCUCCACCGAUGGCUGUCAUAGUUGAAGCUCCACGUGGGGCUCCACCAAUGGCAGUCAUUGUCGAGGCUCCGGAUGGAGCUCCUCCAACAGCUGUCAUAGUGGAAGCUCCAGAUGGGGCUCCACCCACAGCGGUCAUUGUUGAUUGUCCGCCUCCCAUUGGUGCUCCUCCAACAGCGGUCAUAGUAGAUGCUCCACGUGGAGCUCCACCAACGGCGGUCAUUGUCGAUGCUCCGGAUGGGGCUCCUCCAACAGCUGUCAUGGUGGAAGCUCCUGAUGGUGCAACGCCGAGGGCUGUCAUUGUGGAAGCUCCUCCACCAGCAGCUGCUAAAGAUUUGAAGUUGGGAUUACCUGCUUUCAAAUCAAAUUCUUACGUGGUGGCGCCAUUGGUGCAGCUCCGACUGGUGCGGCUCCAGCUCCAGUUGGUGUGA